AUAUCCUACUUUCACUAGUACGAACGAAGUCCGUUGGUCACAUCAGAGACGUGCGACGUCUGAUUGUCGCAAUGUCUCGCGCACGAUUGGGCCUUUAUGUUUUCUGUCGACUUGCUUUGUUCGAAAAUUGUUACGAGUUAACUCCUGCUUUUAACAAGUUACUGGAACGACCGACGAAAUUGGAGUUGAAAAUUAACGAAAUGUGGCCUUCGGAUAGAGAUGUUACUGACCACAGCGAUCCCUACACUAUUGCCGACGUGACACAUAUCG